UGCCGUGAAACUCUGCCCAAACCACACCAAAUCAUCGUCCUCCUCCUACUCGAGCAGCUAGCCCAGUCAAUCACUCUGCUCGGAUCUCCCUUCUCUUCUCGCUCUCUGAGACCUUGGCGCACAGGAAACCGUGAACGAUCGUCCCUGCGACAGCAAGAGCAGCAAUGGCGGCGCCGAAGCGUCUCCACAACGGGUACGACCACGACGGCGACCAGCCCGACGACAAGCGCAUGCGCCGCCUGCCGUCCUUCUCGACGGUGAUCCGGGAGGCCAUGAUGCAGAAGCACAUGCAGAGCCUGUUCAGGUGCCUGGAGCCUCUCCUCCGCCGAGUGGUGCAGGAGGAGCUGCAGGCAGGGCUGAUGCAGAGCCCGCGCUACAUCGAGAGGCUUCCCGAGACGCCGCCGGUGGCGGAGCGUGCGGCGUGGAAACUGGCGUUCCGGACGCCGCCGCAGCUGCCGAUCUUCACGGGCAGCAAGAUCGAGGACGAGGCCGGGAACCCACUGGAGGUGAUCCUGGUGGACGCGGACACCGGUUCGCCGGCCUUGCUCCCGCAGCAGGCGGCGCUGCGCGUCGAGGUGGUUCCCGUGUUCGGCGACUUCCCGCCCGACGGUCGCGAGGACUGGUCCGCCGACGAGUUCCAGCGGAACGUCGUCAAGGAGCGCGAGGGCAAGCGCCCGCUCCUGACGGGCGAUGUGAGCCUGACCAUGCGCGACGGGCGCGCCACCGUGGGCGAGCUCCAGUUCACGGACAACUCGUCCUGGGUCCGCUGCCGCAAGUUCCGCAUCGCGGUACGCGCGGUCCCCGGCACCACCUGCGGCGACGGCGCCCGGAUCCAGGAGGCCAUGACGGAGGCCUUCAUGGUCAGGGACCACCGCGGCGAGCUCUACCGCAAGCACUACCCGCCCGUCCUCGCCGACGACGUCUGGAGGCUGGAGAAGAUCGGCAAGGAAGGCGCGUUCCACAGGAAGCUCAAGCGCAGCAACGUCGGCAACGUGCAGGAGUUCGUCCGGAUGCUCAUGGUGAAGCCCGACGAGCUGCGCGCGAUUCUGGGCGACGGCAUGACCGACCGUAUGUGGGAGGCGACGACCAACCACGCCAAGACCUGCCUCCCCGGCGACAAGGUGUACGCGCACGUCACACAGCACGGCACCAUCUACCUGAACUCCAUCUUCAACAUCCUGAGGGUCGACACCAGCGGCGUCGAGUGGCCGCUGCAGCAGCUCAACAGGGGACAGACGAUGAUGGUGCAGCAGAUGCUGCUGGACGCGUACGAGCACCGCCACAGCCUGCAGGAGGCCGAAGCCUUCAUGCUCCAUGGCCACGCCGCCAACAACAACGUUCCACUGCUGCAGAAUGCAGCAGCACAUGUCGCGCUGCCGGCGCCGGCGGACACCCCGCUCUGGUUCCCGAACGCCGCGGAGAUGGACUUCCCCGUCGACGACGUGGUUGUCCCCAUUCCCCAAGCCAACAACAGCUUCGCCUACCAGUGGCCUGGCCAAGCGUUCCACAUGGCAGGUUAACAAGUGCAUGCACUGGAUGGGAAGGCCCCCAAAGAAGAUGAAAAAGUGACUCACUCAAGUGAAGAAGAUCACUUGCAAGGUUCCAGCAAUAGGAUGUACAUUAACAAAAUACUGCUACGUGGUCAUAUAAGUCCCCGAUCACGAUCAUGUGUGUCUGUCUGUGUGUCCAAGUAACCGCAGGGUUUAAGGGUAGGUGAAACUUGAGCGGCCCUUCACUGCAUCGCUGGACGUGUGCCAAGCAUCCGCGAGCAGCGAGAAGUGGCGAGCAAGUGCAAGAUUCUUUUGUUUAAUUCGUAUGCUUUGUUGUAAUUUUCUCAGUUUUCCGUUCAGUCAGCCUGGUUCUUGUAAAAUGGCGUUCUGCAUGCUCUGCUCCCAAGGAUGAGUUGCAUGUAAAUGUAACUGUCAGAGCAGCGACGCUUGGGGCUGGCGAACUGGUGUGUGGUAUGCCUAAAAGGGCUUAGCAGUAGAACUGGUUGGGUAAAAACAUGCAGUUCUGCUUUCUGCUUUGACAUUUUCAUCACAAGUUUUUGUGUCCUGUAAACAUCAAGGUCGUAAUAAAGAAAGGAAACCGCCUUUUUGUACAUAAA